GUUUCUUGUGACUGCUUGGGCCGAGCGAGUACUUGGUUUCCCGGAGCGGCGGCUAAGGCGCGGCUACGGCAGGGACGGCGCUGGCGGUUUUUCAGUAUAGAAAAAAGUGUGGCAAGACUGCAUGCUUUCACCUUUAUUCAAUUUCUGUGCUGAAGUAAUCAUAGAAAGCUAGAACCUGAAGACUCAAAACUUGAAGUUAAAAUUGGAGGAAGGACGAUCAACAAUCUUUGAUAAAUUGAUGAUACAACUCUCAGAAACAUCUGAUAAAAAAGCAUUAAAGAUGCAAACAAGAAUGCUGGUCUCUUCCUGAACAUCAAAAAGACCAAGUUCAUGAUCACUAAUUUGUGAAUAAAACAAGAUGGCAGAGGAGACUGGAGAUGAAAAGAAACUGGUUGCCAAGUUUGAGCUGGAGAGAGAGACUGAACUCCGCUUUGAAGUUGAGGCCUCACAAACUGUCCAGUUGGAACUUAUGACAGGCAUGGCUGAAAUCUUUGGAACUGAGCUGACCCGAAACAAGAAAUUUACCUUUGAUGCUGGUGCUAAAGUUGCUGUAUUUACUUGGCAUGGUUGUUCUGUGCAACUAACUGGUCGGACUGAAGUAGCCUAUGUCUCCAAAGAUACGCCCAUGCUUCUCUACCUCAACACACACACAGCUCUGGAGCAGAUGCGGUGGCAGGCUGAGCGUGAAGAUGAGCGGGGACCUCGGGUGAUGGUGGUGGGCCCCACAGAUGUAGGCAAGUCUACAGUCUGCCGCCUGCUAUUAAAUUAUGCUGUGCGUCUUGGACGCCGACCCACAUUUGUGGAACUAGAUGUAGGCCAGGGCUCAAUUUCAAUCCCAGGCACUAUGGGAGCACUCUAUAUUGAGCGACCUGCAGAUGUUGAAGAAGGAUUCUCUGUUCAAGCCCCCCUAGUUUAUCAUUUUGGGUCCACCACACCAGGCACAAACAUCAAACUCUAUAACAAAAUCACAUCUCGCUUGGCUGAUGUGUUUAAUCAACGCUGUGAAGUGAACCGCAGAGCUUCAAUCAGUGGCUGUAUCAUCAAUACUUGUGGCUGGGUGAAGGGAUCUGGAUAUCAGGCACUUGUACAUGCUGCUUCUGCUUUUGAAGUUGAUGUUGUUGUAGUGUUGGAUCAAGAACGUCUCUACAAUGAACUGAAACGAGACCUGCCUCAUUUUGUUCGAACUGUGCUACUUCCCAAAUCAGGUGGAGUGGUAGAGCGCUCUAAAGAUUUCCGUCGGGAGUUUCGUGAUGACCGCAUACGUGAAUACUUCUAUGGUUUCCGAGGAUGCUUCUAUCCACAUGCUUUUGAUGUCAAGUUCUCUGAUGUUAAGAUAUAUAAAGUGGGAGCUCCCACUAUCCCUGACUCAUGUCUGCCUCUGGGCAUGUCACAGGAAGACAAUCAACUCAAGCUAGUCCCAGUUACACCUGGCCGUGACAUGGUUCAUCAUCUAUUAAGUGUUAGCACUGCUGAUGGCACUGAUGAGAACAUCUCUGAGACCAGUGUGGCUGGUUUCAUUGUGGUAACUGGAGUAGACUUGGAACGCCAAGUGUUCACAGUGCUUUCACCAGCACCACGCCCAUUGCCAAAGAAUUUCCUGCUCAUCAUGGACAUUCGUUUCAUGGAUCUCAAGUAGUGUCCAGACUGGAAAAGCUCCACCAAGUUCUCAGGAGCUCUUUUACAAACAAAAUUACAUUUUUAAAUGGAAUAAUUACCAUACAGAAUGAAGAUGACAAAAAAGAGGCAUAAGAAUUGAGUACAGUAGCAGUUGAAGUCAUUUGAAAGGAAAAGAGUCAGUUCUAAUUUUGUAUCCGUCAUUAGAAUUCUCAAACAUGAAUCUGAGAAGAUUCAUAGAUUUUGGCUCAUGAAGAACUAUAAUAGAUAAAAGAGUUGCAGACUAACAAAUUAUUUGGUUUGCAUUUUUCCUUGAGUCUUUUCCUGAAACUGGGCUUCUGCCUAAUAUGUUCAUCAUUAGGCAUCCAUCAUAAAUGUGUAAGCAUGGAAGUAGCAAUGUACAUUUUGAAUGAUCCCUCUAUCAAUGACCUUCCCAUAUUGAUGGAGAAUGUUUUAAGAAUAGAUAUAUUUGCAUUCUGUUAUUCCCCAUCACUUUGAAGAAACUGGAGCAGUUUGUGAUUCCAGUUCCUUUUAUAUUACAGAUCAUUUUUAAAUCAAUCUUUCAAUAAAUCACAAAAAUAUUAGUAUCAUA